AUGGCUGCAGCGGCAUCAAUCUACCCUACGCUUGACCAGCGUCCGGUCAAGAACACCAUCGUUCUCUUCGAUGUGGAUGACACACUCACAAAGCCUCGCCAGCUUGUCAAGCCCGAGAUGCUCCAGCUGCUCUCAGAGCUCCGCCACAAGGUCGCCAUUGGCUUCGUCGGCGGCUCCAACCUCGUCAAGCAGCAAGAACAGCUCGCGACCGCCAACGUAAACGUCACAUCGCUUUUCGACUUCUGCUUCGCCGAGAACGGUCUGACCGCAUACCGCCUCGGCGAGGAGCUGCCCAGCCAGAGCUUCAUUUCCUGGAUUGGCCAGGAGCAGUACAACAAGCUCGUAAAAUGGGAUCCUGCACUACAUCGCCGACCUCGACAUCCCCGUCAAGCGCGGCACCUUCGUCGAGUUCCGCAACGGCAUGAUCAACGUCUCGCCCAUCGGCCGCAACGCCUCCGUCCAAGAGCGCAACGACUACCAAGCCUACGACAUCGAGCACAACAUCCGCCCCACCAUGGUCGCCGCGCUCAAGAAAGCCUUCCCCGACCUCGGCCUCACCUACUCCAUCGGCGGACAAAUCUCCUUCGACGUGUUCCCCACUGGCUGGGACAAGACGUACUGCUUGAAGCACGUUGCCGAGGAGAAGACGCGCAGUGGCGUUGUGUACGACAAGAUUCACUUCUAUGGUGAUAAGGCGUAUGAGGGCGGGAAUGAUUGGGAGAUUUAUAGCGAUGAGAGGACGAUUGGACACAAGGUCAAGAACCCGGAGGAUACUUAUGCGCAGUUGCAGGAGCUGCUUAAGAGCUUUCAAUAGACGCAGAAGCAGUAUGCGAGUAGGAGAGGUGUUGAAAAGGCUUCAUAAGAUAUAGCAAGAAGGUAGAGCUAGUUGAUAUGCAUAAUGAAGGAAUGAAACCUA